UCUCUCCCUCUCUCUCUCUGCUCCAUCACUAUUCAUUACCCGUUUUCAUAUGAAUUAUUAACAGAGCAAAAGACACAAAAGUUACUGAACACUACAAAAACUUCUAUAUAUCUAUCUAUAUGUACUUGUGUAUAUAUUUUUUUCCUCUUUACUUUCCCCAUUUUUCUAGUAAGAGAAGGAGCAAGCAAGAGAGAUAUUCCUGAACCUGAACCUGAACCUGAACGUGAACCUGAUCAGCGGCUACAUACCACAGGAAUGUCAGAGGUUAAAGACCCAGCGAUAAAGCUUUUUGGGAGGACAAUUUCUCUGCCACGCACCCCUAGUGAUUCUCCUGCACCCGCACCUGUCACAUGUCCUUCUUCUUCCUCUUCUCCCCGUGAAGUGAGCUCUGCAACACACCACCAAGCAGAGGAACCAUCAAGGAAAGAACUCACCUCAGUACAAGAUGAUGAUGCCUCACAUCAAACCACAGAGGAUUUAAAAUCUCCCACAACAUCUUCAGGCAUAUGUGAGAAUCCUAAGACACCCUCCGCUGACACUGAGACAUCGUUACUGAAAUCCUCUACAAAUGGAGAACAAAGUGAAACUAGUGCUUCUGAAGAAAAAACUCCAAAGAAACCUGACAAGGUAAUUCCAUGCCCACGAUGCAAUAGCAUGGAUACCAAAUUCUGUUACUACAACAAUUACAAUGUCAAGCAACCCCGCCAUUUCUGCAAGAACUGUCAAAGAUAUUGGACUGCAGGAGGAACAAUGAGAAAUGUGCCUGUGGGAGCUGGUCGCCGCAAGAACAAAAACACUUCGGCAUCACAUUACCGGCACAUAAUGGUUCCAGAGGCACUCCAAGGAGUUAAACUCAAUGCACCCAAUGGCUUGCAUAAUUCUGUUUUAGGAAAUGGAGCAGCUGUCUUGACUUUUGGUCCAGACUCUCCACUUUGUGAUACCAUGGCUUCUGUAUUGAACAUUGCUGAGAGAACACAAAAUUGUGUUCCAAAUGGGUUUCAUGCAACAGAACCAAAUACUUUUGUUGCUUCUCAUAGUAAGGAAGAUGAGGGGGGUGAUCACUCUACUGGAUCACGUGAAUCAGUGGAUAAAAGGGUUGAAGGUUUUACUCCUCAAUUACCAUACUUCCCAAAUUCCCCUUGGCCUUAUCCUUGGAAUUCUACAAUGCCUCCUCCUACAUUUUGCCCACCAGGCUAUCCUUUAUCUUUCUAUACCACACCUGCAUAUUGGGGUUGUAUGCCACCCUCUUGGAAUAUAUCAUGUAUCUCACCCCAAUCUUCUGUUAACCACUCUAUCUCUGCCACUAGCUCUGGCACCAAUUCAACUACUUUGGGGAAACACUCGAGGGAUGGGAACAUAAUCACCCUAGCUAACUCACAAGAAGAAAAGCUUGACAUAGAACAUAACACUUCAGAAAACAAUGCCAUGAUCCCCAAGACUCUUAGAAUUGAUGACCCUAGUGAAGCUGCAAACAGUUCCAUUUGGUCAAAGCUAGGGGUCAAGAAUGACAAGGCAAAUUCUCUCAGUGGAGGAGGUCUAUUCAAAGCAUUUUCAUCCAAGAGAAAUGACAUGAAUCACAUGGUUGAAACAUCACCAGUUUUGCAAGCCAACCCUGCGGCUUUAUCGCGGUCUCUUAGCUUCCAUGAACGGACCUAAAUGGAAAUCACAGUGAGCCACAUCAGAAUCUCAUUGUGCUUAAUGAAAGUUGAGGUUAUUUAUACCAGUGCAACCUCAUUUUGCUGACAAGUUCUUGUUUUUCCACUAGAAGUUGUUUUCUUGACCAACCUCAAUGCAGGAUUCCUAGGACUUCAGUGUUGUACUUAAGCUUCCCUAGCUGCCAUCUUGAGCCUGUCAGAGUGAACAGGUGUUUUUGCUGCAGAUUUAGAUCAUUGUUGAGUAAAUAUCUUCAUGUACAGAUAUAUCUAUAUAUAUGUGAGACAAGGAAAACUAGAAGGAGAAAUGAGAAAGGAAAGGAGAUUCUUAGACUAAAAUCCAAUGGUUUAGAAUAAAUUUGCAAAGCUUCAUUGGAAUCCUGUUGUUACUUUUUUUGGAGAUUCUCUACUUUAAUAAUGUUAGUCCCAAAGGAUAAUGAUAUUUAUG